UAUUAUUAUUAUUUAUUAUUACAAUUCUUUAAAUUGUUGCAAUAUCACUUAGGUCAAGUCGUAGACGGACGGUAAUAAAUGUUUGCAGGUUAUACAAUCUACAACAAAUUUUGCUAUAUUUAGCAUUCAGAUUAUACAAUUAGAACGCUCCUGCUCAUAUAAAUUCCACUGGUAGUUCCUGAUUCAGUUUAUUGCGAACUAUUAAUCAUCGGAGUUGUUUUGUGGUAUCGCUACAGACCAAAAUCAUAAGGGCUUAAGAGUUGAGGAUGUUCUUGUCUCAAGCCCGUUGCCUCGCUUUACGUCUCACAGUGCCAGUGCCACAUCAGAAUGUACCCAUAAACAGAAGCGGAGGUAAACUAGUGCCCCCAUCCGCCAUCUUGUUAGCAGGUUUAGGAGUAGGAGUGUCAUCCUUCAGCCUCAAGCAGAUGCUUCAGUCCAAACGUCCAAAAUUGCUAUGAACCUCUCUUAAACAUUGACUUGUCAGUUUUGUGACAAUGUUAUCAUAAUUUUUUGUUACAUGUAGUGAGUACGUUCUCAAUGAUGUGUGGCUAGUCUUUUUAUCAAAGUUGAAAAUGGUUAAAUUUAUACAGAUUCCGAUACUAGCGUAUAAACGAUACUACUUUAAAUUUAUUUUUACUAUAAAUUUGUACAGUUUUGUGUAUGGUUUAGGUAAUUAGUAAAUUUAUUGUUUAAUUUUUUCUAUCGUUCUCGUUUUUCUUAAGAAAAUAAAUCACUUAUGUAGUA